CCUCUCUUUCCCACAAUAUAAAUAUUAGAGAAGAGAGAGGAGGUACAAAGCCGGAAAUUCUAACAUACAGAAACCUUCCGAGCACUUCAACAAUGGUGGAUUCUAGGGUUUCUAAGGGUUUAAGGUGAUACGGAUUCUUGUUUUCUCGAUGGAAAUGCCUGGAAGGAGGUCAGAUUACACGUUUUUAAGUCAAAUUCCGGAUGAGGAGAUUGGAACGGGACCUUCCACCUCGUUUUUCGGGUCAAUAGCAGCUGAGGCAAACAUUAGCAAGGGGAGAACGGAUAGAGUCUUUGAUUGGGACGGGAGUGGUGAUCACAAGUUAAACACGCAGCCGAAUCGAAUUGGGAACAUGUAUUCAUGGAUUGGUUUGCAGAGGCAUUCUAGUGGAAGUAGCUACGAUGAUAGCUCUCUCUCCAGUGAUUACUACGCACCAACGCUCUCAAACGCAGCAGCAAAUGAGAUAAAUGCAUUGGGAUAUAUCCACGACGAUGAAUUUAGAGUCAAAGCUGUCGGAAGUGGAGGUUCGUCGGGGAAGAGCUGGGCACAGCAGACGGAAGAAAGUUAUCAGUUGCAGCUGGCCUUGGCUCUCAGGCUUUCUUCAGAGGCCACUUGUGCCGAUGAUCCCAACUUUAUGGAUCUGAUGCCAGACGAGGCAGCUUCAAGAUCGUUGUCAAGUUCAGCUGAGGCUAUCUCGCAUCGAUUUUGGGUAAAUGGAUGCAUGUCAUAUUUUGAGAAGGUGCCAGAUGGUUUGUACCUAAUUCAUGGGAUGGACCCUUAUGUAUGGUCUUUAUGCACCAAUCUGAAAGAGGAUGGGCGUAUACCAUCAUUUGAAUCUCUGAAGACAGUUGACUUCAGCAUCCGUUCAUCAAUUGAAGUAGUUUUCAUAGAUCGGCAUAGUGAUGCUAGCCUAAAGGAACUGCAAAACAGGGUCCAUAAUAUUUCUUCUAGCUGUAUAACGACAGAAGAGGUUGCGGAUCAUUUAGCAAAGCUGGUAUGCAAUCAUAUGGGGGGUUCAGUUUCUGAGGGAGAAGAUGCCUUAGUUCCCUCCUGGAGGGAAUGCAGCGAUGACUUAAAAGAAUGUUUGGGAUCUGUUGUGAUUCCCUUGUGCAGCUUAGCUGUUGGCCUUUGCAGGCAUCGUGCUCUUUUAUUCAAAGUGCUAGCAGAUUCAAUUGAUUUGCCUUGUCGAAUUGCCAGGGGCUGUAAAUAUUGCACUAGAGAUGAUGCUUCAUCUUGCCUUGUUAGGUUCGGUCUUGAUAGGGAAUAUGUCAUUGAUCUGAUUGGGAAGCCUGGUUGCUUAUGUGAACCUGAUUGUUUGCUCAAUGGUCCAUCAUCCAUCUCAAUUUCUUCACCAUUGCGAUUUCCAAGACUAAAACCUAUUGAAUCUAACAUUGAUUUCAGGUCACUGGCCAAACAGUAUUUCUUGGAUAGUCAAUCACUUAAUAUUGUAUUUGAUGAAGCUUCUUCAGGGAAUGUUGUAUCUGGGAAGGAUGCUGCAUGCUCUGUCUAUCAAAGGCCAUUCAACAGGAAGGAUGUACAUGGAAAAAACAUAGUGCUUGCUGGUGACAGGGAUAGAAGUCCUCAAUUAAUGAAUCCAAAAGUUACUCAACGGAAUGCUCAAGAUGGAAAGUCUGAGCAAUUUAGAUCAUGUGAUUCUACUGCUCAACAUAGUGUACAGUCUACCCCUUUUGUAGAAAAUGUGGUUCGUUUAAACCAGAUCUCACAGAUUGAUUCCAGAGAUUCUGAGCCUCUCUUAGCACUGCCCUGUCUAAGGAUGGAUCCUGCUAAUAAUUUAUCAUUCAUUGAUGGUAAUCGGCUGGUUAAAAAACCGAAUCAGCUUUCCUUUGGCAUAGAAGAUUUUGUUAUUCCAUGGAAUGAUCUUGUUUUGAGGGAGAAAAUUGGAGCAGGUUCUUUUGGGACAGUGUAUCAUGCUGAUUGGCACGGCUCAGAUGUUGCGGUGAAGAUUCUGAUGGAACAAGACCUUAAUGCAGAACGGUUCGAGGAAUUUCUUAGGGAGGUUGCCAUAAUGAAAUCUCUACGACAUCCGAACAUUGUUCUUUUUAUGGGUGCAGUCACUGAGCCUCCAAACUUGUCCAUUGUCACAGAAUACUUAUCAAGAGGGAGUUUGCACAGGCUUUUGCAUAGACCUGGGGCACGAGAAGUCUUAGAUGAAAGACGUCGGUUAAACAUGGCACAUGAUGUUGCAAAAGGGAUGAAUUAUCUUCACAAACGUAAUCCCCCAAUUGUUCAUCGUGAUUUGAAAUCUCCAAAUAUUUUGGUUGAUAAGAAGUACACAGUAAAGAUUUGUGAUUUUGGGCUUUCACGCUUGAAGGCGCACACAUUUCUUUCAUCAAAAUCAGCUGCUGGGACUCCUGAAUGGAUGGCACCCGAAGUUCUCCGUGAUGAGCCUUCAAAUGAGAAAUCAGAUGUUUAUAGCUUUGGUGUGAUACUGUGGGAGCUUGCUUCACUGCAGCAACCAUGGGGCAACUUGAACCCGGCGCAGGUUGUGGCCGCCGUGGGUUUCAAAGGCAAAAGGCUUGAGAUCCCAUGUGAUUUAAAUCCUCAAGUUGCUACUAUUAUAGAGGCUUGCUUCGCCAGCGAGCCCUGGAAACGUCCAUCCUUUUAUGAAAUAAUGGAAUCAUUGAAGCCAUUGAUCAAACCAGCUACACCUAAUCAAGCUCGCCCAAACAUGUCAUUAGUUACUCAAUGAGGGAAUCCAAGGGACUCCUCAGUUUUGUUCAUGUGAAAAACAGAGUUCUCAAAAGGUUUGUCUGGCAGAUAUGAUGCUGUUCAGAUAGAUUCAUGUGUGUGUUGGUAAGGUUUCUGUCCUGGUUCUACUCUGUUCUCCCUAUACAUGUGUUCCUAAUGGUAGAGAAUUGAACUGUCCUGGGUGGGGAGGAGUCCUCUGUUAUUUGAUAUGCAAUGCUCAAAUUAUUGAUGGCACAGUGCUUGUGUUUGGUUGCAGAUUCAUUGAUGUAUAUUGAUUUCUUUUCUGAAGUAUCUCCAUUUUUGAGGCGAACCAAGGUUCAGUUUUGUUGACGCCCAUAUUCUCUCUUUACCAUCAAAAUAUACUUAUUCCCUCUACAGUUGUGCAAUGUCAACCCCCAGCGUUGUGCUCUUCGAUGUAUAAUGUCACAGCGGCUGCUGAGUCCAUCAAAAGCGGCCCUCUCUAUCAUCAGCUCUAACUUUCCCCUCUUGUACAAACAAAUAGUGUACUGAAACAUUCAAUUCCCGGCAACUCUUAACAGAGAGGUUUACUAAACCCUUGAAGUAUCUCAUGUUAAUAUGUAGUGCCAAAAGCCGCUCCUAAUUCUUUAGCUGUCACAUUAGAUUUAAUGCAUCCAAGUGUUAAUAUUGUACAAUUAUGUAACUUCCAUCAGAUCUUUUGUACCAUUUUUCUGUAUACCCAUUUCUCAACUACUUCUAGUUA